GUUGGUUUUUCAAUGGCAUGGUAUUCUGCUGUGCAGCGCAUUUGGUCACUCUAAGCCAUUAGUAAUUUCAUCCAUGGAAAAACAAAUGUUUAGUUCGUAGUUCAUCAGCAUGACGGAAUUCCAAUGGCCCUGGGAGUACACCUUCCCCCCGUUCUUUACAUUGCAGCCCCACGAAGAAACCAGACAGCAGCAGCUGAAGGUCUGGGCAGAUCUCUUUCUCAAAUAUCUCAGGCACACGAAUAGGUUUUCGCUCAGUAUAGGGGACCAAAACUCGCCGCUGUUUCACAACGAAUCCCUGAAGCGCCGCCUCUCGCCGGAGCUCGUCCUGGCCAUCCUGGGCGAACUGGAGCGGACCGGGCAUGCGAAUCCGCUGGACAAGAAACGCCAGGAAUGGCAGGUUUACUGGUUCACCCUGGAGGAGUACGGCAACAUGGUGUACGAUUGGGUGCAGGAAACGGGUCAGACGAACACCAUCUGCACGCUGUACGAGAUCGCCUCCGGCGAAAACACUUCCCACCUGGACUUUCAUGGCGUGGACGAAGUGGUGUUGCUCAGUGCCCUCCGGUUACUGGAGGAGAAGAGCAGGUGUGAGCUAACCGAGAUGGACGGCAGUCACGGCGUUAAAUUCUUCUAAAUUUCCAUGCUGUUUGUUAGCCUUGUUAGCACCCCGAACUAUGUAUGUCCUUAUACAUUAAAGAGUAAACUAGUGUAAAGUGUA